AUGUCUGUGGUAGCACAAUACUCUGCUACGUAUGUGCCUGGUGCUAAUUCGCUACCCAAAAUAUCGGAGCAGGGACAGCAAGGUACCAACGCUUGCGGGACUCAGUCAAGUGAUUCGUCCAUGUGCCAAAACUUGUACAUAAAUUCGGCCACAGACUUUUGCUUAUGGGCACCACCAGGACCGUUAUCUCAAGGCGUUGGUGAAGCUGAAAGAUAUGUCGUUAGCUACUGCACGAAGGCUGGCCGUGGCACACGCCUCAUUCCUCCUGGCACAUUGAAAAGCGUGCACUUUGUUCAGACGCCUCAUUAUGUUCAAGUAAGUGGCACUGGCGAAUUUUCGAGUAUGCACAUCAACAACAAUGGUGGUGGCGGCGAGCUUGAUCCUCAUGGUCAAGAUGGAAUGGGCAACCCUAUUGGUGGUCUGGUCUUUUCAAAUGCGUUUGGAAAUGGGUUAGUGCAGGUUCAUGAGUGGAACAGUUUUAUGGAUGCGAAAACAUAUUGCCUACGAGCUUGUGUGGACGGCGAUAUGGCAAAGGCUUAUUGCAAGAAUAUCUAUGAUGAGCUUGGUUGCAACUUUAACAUGCCCACUGGGCCGGACAACCUGGGCGUUUUUGAAUCAUGUGAGGGACAAGAUGCUGAUAUCGUGGGUGUUUAUACCAACAAUGGUGUUGUUUCGACAUUUUUCCAGACUCAAACCUCGCAAGGCGUCUCCGUUCCUCCGCCGAAGAAGCCUCCGGCAGUUAGCAAAUGCUCGAAUUUCCCGUCAGCUGCCUUGGAGGAUACUGUGAAGAACCCCUUUGCUGGAGCCAAGAAAGGCAAGCCUUCGAGCACGACUUCACAAGGCGAGCCUAGCUCAUCAAGCGUCCUGUACAACACGCAAAGGAAUACGACUUCCUCCACGUCUUCAAGGUCGACAUCUUCCUCAACAUCGUCGAUGCUAUCUAGCAUUUCAUCAACAUCAAUGCCUAUGGCUAUCUCUUCAACGUCGAGCUCAUCUGCUAUUGCAACGUCGCGCGCUGUUGUGACUACUACGACAACGCCAUCUGCCACCAGUAUUCCAGGUCUUCAAUUCGGAUCUAGUGCCUCUCCUUCCUUCUACGUACAUAUCUUCACCCUUCUGGUAUCGGCUACCACAGUACUUGUACUGCUGUGUUUGUAG